CCCAUCGUUUCGUUUGUUCGUGAUCCGCCAGUUCUUGCCCGCCCAUUCGCGCCCGCAUCAUCCCAAACCACUCGGAUUCGACGUUCCCCCGUCCCAAACCACUCGGUCUCGACGCUCUAACCCACUGUUAGGCUCCCCCGCCCACCCCCCGCCCGGAAUUCUUCCAAACCACUCGGAAUCGACGUUCCCCCAGUCCCAAACCACUCGGAUUCGACGUUCUAACUCACUGUUAGGCCCAUUCGCGCCCGCAUCAUCCCAAACCACUCAGAUUCGACGUUCCCCCCGUCCCAAACCACUCGGGCUCGACGCUGUAACUCACUGUUAGGCUCACCCGCCCACCCCCCGCCCGGAAUACCUCCAAACCACUCGGAUUCGACGUUCCCCCCGUCCCAAUCCACUCGGGCUCGACGUUCUAACUCACUGUUAGGCUCCCCCGCCCAUUCGCCGCCCGGAAUUCUCCCAAACCACUCGGAUUCGACGUUCCCCCGUCCCAAACCACUCGGGCUUGACGCUCUAACUCACUGUUAGG